UCGUUCUUCCUAUGUUCAUUUCCUACGCAUGCGCCGCAGCCCAUUCUCAAGACGCGCAGGCUGAUGGGAUAUUUCCUGUAUCAGACACGUGGUAGGAUCUUCGUGCGAGUCAGAUCGUGCAGGAGAAUCGCAGCGCGGACGCCAUGAGGCCAGGAUUCAGUCCCAGAGGAGGAGGUCGAGGUGGAUUUGGAGGCCGAGGAGGGUCUGGAGACAGAGGUGGAUUUGGAGGCCGCGGAGGGUUUGGAGAACGAGGAGGAGGAAGAGGCGGGUUUAGAGGAGGAUUUGGUGGGCGUGGCCGCGGAGGAGGUGAUCGCGGGGGCCGAGGAGGAGGAUUCAGAGGUGGGAGAGGCGGCCCCCGAGGAGGAUUUGGAGGAGGAAGAGGAGGAUUUGGCGGAGGAAGAGGAGGAUUUGGAGCAGGAAGGAAAGUGAUAGUAGAGCCUCACAGACAUGAAGGAAUCUUUAUCUGCCGAGGGAAGGAGGACGCUCUUGUGACCAAAAACCUUGUUCCUGGGGAGUCUGUGUAUGGGGAGAAACGCAUCUCUGUGGAGGACGGGGAAAUUAAGACUGAAUACAGAGCCUGGAAUCCUUUCCGCUCGAAGAUCGCGGCGGCCAUUCUGGGAGGAGUCGAUCAGAUUCACAUAAAACCCGGGGCUAAAGUUCUGUAUCUGGGGGCUGCGUCUGGAACCACCGUCUCGCACGUCUCCGAUAUUGUGGGCCCCGAGGGGCUGGUGUACGCCGUCGAGUUCUCCCACAGAUCAGGCCGAGAUCUCAUUAAUGUGGCGAAGAAACGGACAAAUAUCAUUCCGGUGAUUGAAGACGCCCGGCACCCGCACAAGUACCGCAUGUUAGUGGGAAUGGUGGACGUGGUCUUUGCAGACGUGGCACAACCUGAUCAGACCAGGAUCGUCGCCCUCAAUGCCCAUAACUUCCUGAAGAACGGGGGCCACUUUGUCAUAUCCAUCAAGGCAAACUGUAUUGACUCCACGGCAGCCCCAGAGGCUGUUUUUGCUGCAGAAGUAAAGAAGAUGCAACAAGAGAACAUGAAGCCGCAGGAGCAGUUGACGCUGGAGCCGUACGAGAGGGAUCACGCAGUGGUGGUCGGGAUAUACAGACCACCCCCCAAACAGAAGAAAUAAUCAGGACCAGACUGAAGAUUUAUUGUAAACGGACUUUAUAAUCUAAGAAGUUGCCCAAACAGAGACUGAUGUUUAAGGGUUAAUGGUGUCAUCGCAACGUACAGCAACGAUCUGCUCUUCUGUGGCCUAUUAGGGGGGGGGAGAGGGUUGGACUUGUGGCCCCCAGCUGACAUGAGCUGGAACUGCUGUGGCCGAGAGGUUGCUGGGAGUUGCAGUUCAUCUCAGCUGGGGGGCCUUAAAGUGUCACUCUGCUUCACGUGAGGCCACAGACUGUUAUUUUAUAGUUUUUUUUUAUAUAGCAAUAACAAAACGAUUAAACCCCUUAUUUAGCUGCCCCGCCCCCUUUCCCACUGGCCACUCCCCCUGCAGCUGAUUCUGAUGUAUAAGAGUCUGCACCGUGCGGCCCCAUCCAUAGUGCGCUUUGGGGGUGUCUCUGUUGCUAUUUCUGUUCUGCAAGUUUCCAUGGGAACCGCAGAGAAUUUUCUUUUUUUUUAUGUUUUCUAAGAAAGAGGAAAAACUUGAAAAUGAAACGCAGACGAGAUGGAAAUUGUUUAAUUAAAGCGCCAGUGUGUGAAA